GCUGAACGGAAAAAAAUACAUAUGAAAAUAAACAAACCCUGACAACCAGGAUUCAACAGUGUUGGCUAAACCACUGAAGGGAGGCAAAGGGUGCUCCUGCCUCUGUGGUUAAACCUGCGGUUCAACAGUCUUGCCUUGGGUGGCUCCAUCCUUAAUCGCCUAUUCGUGAUCCGCCCAGGGCGUAGUUGGAGUCCAUUCAUGGAUCAACAACCCCCGAUAACUCAGGCCGAGUUGGUACACGAGUUGGUAUCCUGGGAACCGUGCCCGCCCACGCCCCUGACCCAACCCAAAGCCACUUCCACUAAGCGGUACUCGGGCUUGCGAUUUCACUGCCCCACAUGCCGCAAGACAUCAGGUUGUCACAGUUCUCACCGGACCCACGUUAAAAAACAGGCGUGUUCAGCGUCGCCCGCGUGUGAUGCCGAACAUGCCCACCACAAGAUUCAGUUGGACUUUGGUUCACCAGUCGAAGCCUUAGCUUGGUUCCACGCCCAAGAGUUGGAUCGAUUUUUUGCCAUAGAAUCAUCCCGCCCCAAAUUUCAAGUCUAUCGAUGUAAUCAGCGGGCGUCCCACCAGGCCCGUCCACGGAAACGUACCCAAAAGCUUCAAGCUUGUUCGGCCAAGAUCACGUUUCGAGAGGCCUUGAUGUGCAAAUGUGAUCCCGUGGCCUAUCAAAUCUGCCCGGAUGAGCAAACGCGAACCUUGGUAUACGGUUGCCUGACUCAUUCGCACGCCCUCGAACCCCACCGCACUCGCUGGUCCAAAGUGACCAAAGAGCGCACGCUAGCUUGGGUGCGCGAGGGUCUGCCGGUCGAGGCCAUAAUCGCCGAAUCCGCGGCCUUAGCCGACCAGGAUCCGAUGCAAAAACCAUUGUCACGCUCGGACAUCUAUCGGAUGGCCAAGACAGCUAACCUCUCAGACGUCCAGGUUUCUUCACCGGAGCUAGAUUUGACUUAUGUCGAAGAUUUCAAGCAAAUCCGCGAGAAAUUUCAACAAAUCGACAAUUUCAUGAAAUCAAACAACUUCACCCAUGCUAGGAAGCGAACUUUGGUGAAUUCAUUGUUGAUCCAGCCGAUAAACGAUGUCACGAUGCCAACAUUGAAAAUCACGCCCACAUCUCAUGUUUUAAAUUCCGAUCGGAAGCGGGCUCAUCAAUCGGAAAAUCGCUCUCUUUCCCGCCAGAAAAAGACACAACUCCUGGCCAAAGAAAACUGUUCCUCGAGCUAAGUCCAAUUGAGAUACGUACUGACGAGGUUGAAGAAGCGUUUCAUUCAUUGGUACCAGACGCGGCAGUUUUCGACAGACGAGUCGGUGGUGGAGAGAAUAGUGCGUGGCGGGUUGGCAGCUAUUUGCCUUAAAAACGACAUGAUAUCGGAUUUCUUUUGGUUAAAGUUUACGGGGUUUUAACCAAUGCUUGGGAACGAUUUUCCAAGAG